CUAAGAAGCAGAGAGAAGCAGAACAAAUAGAAUUGAAAGGGGGGCUUUAGACAGAGCCAGAGACUCUUUAUCUCUUUGAACAGUCCUUAGCAAUGGCAGCCAAACUCACAUCCCCAACUGCUCUCAUCACUUCUCUCCCCCAAUUUAGUGGCCUAAGAUCCACAACUUCAAGUACCAGAGUAGAGAACUUGGUGACAGUUCAACCCAUCAGAAACAAGGGUAAAGGCGCUUUGGGUGCUCGUUGUGACUUCAUUGGCUCACCCACAAAUUUGAUUAUGGUGACCUCGACAAGCCUUAUGUUAUUCGCUGGAAGGUUUGGGUUGGCUCCAUCGGCGAACAGGAAGGCCACUGCAGGAUUGAAGCUUGAGAUAAGGGACUCUGGCCUACAGACAGGAGACCCUGCUGGUUUCACUCUUGCAGAUACCUUGGCAUGUGGAGUUGUAGGCCAUAUAAUUGGUGUUGGAGUUGUUCUAGGUCUUAAGAACAUUGGUGCCAUAUAAAUUCCUGAAGAGGAAUUUUGUAACCCUUGUUUGAUAUUAAUCUUGGAUAUGUACAUUGUUUUACUCCUUUCAGAGCUUUUGUUUCCCCAAGUCAAGAUGUUCACCACUAUCUUCUUAUUUUAAGACAGUAGCAAAGAAAAUAAUUAUACUGAACAA